UAUAGAAAAUUUUUUUUGAAAUUAUGGCCUGGAAGCACUUCACUUCGACUGGAGGAGGUGAAUGGCUAUCGAUCGGAUAUACGUAGUCCAUCACCGUGGAAUAAACGCUAUCGCCGAAAUGGUCUUAGUCGACCGACAAAGCUUUGGCCUGGUGGCAAAAUACCAUAUCUGAUCUCGCCUCAUUAUACAGAUCAUGAACGUGCUUUAUUAGCCAAAGCAGUCAAGCAAUAUCAUGAUAAAACUUGUGUCCGAUUUGUACCAAGAUCACCCAAUGAAGGCGAUUAUCUUUUCAUUGGUAAAGUUGACGGGUGUUUUUCUGAAGUGGGUCGAACAAGUGGUGUGCAAGUACUUUCACUUGACAAUGGUUGUAUGGAAUAUACGACAAUAAUUCAUGAAAUGAUGCAUGUCGUUGGAUUCUAUCACGAGCAUGAAAGGUGGGAUCGAGACAAUUAUAUUGACAUAAUAUGGCAAAAUAUUGACAAAGCUGCAUUCGAUCAAUUUGGUAAAGUUGAUUUGAGCAAAACUUCAUAUUAUGGUCAACCGUAUGACUAUCAAUCUAUUUUGCAUUACGAUAGUUUGGCAUUCAGUAAAAAUGGAUUUCCAACAAUGUUGCCAAAAAAGAUAGGAUUGGCUUCCACAAUCGGCAAUGCGAAGGAUUUCAGCGUGAUAGAUUUGGCAAAAAUAAAUCGAAUGUACGACUGCCCAGAAAAAACGCCUCUACUCAUUAGAGCUAAGAGUUAUAUUAUUUCAGCUAAGAGUUCAAGCAUCAUCGCUUGCGAAGAUGAAAUCACAGUUUGUUGGUGGAUUCAGGAUCGAUGCAAAUCGCGAUCACUUCAAGCGAUGAUGAAAAAUUUAUGUGCUAAAACCUGUGAUCUCUGCUGA